AUGAGUUCCAGCGGGGGAGAUGCGAAGUUGUUCGCCAGGGGCAAAGUCGCCGAGUUGCGACAGGAGUUGAACAGUGGGGGGAAAAAGGACAAGAACCAUUCGGCCAAGAAGAUCGCGCUCAAGAAAAUCGUCGCCAAUAUGACCAUGAGCAAUAAUGACAUGGUCGCUUUGUUCCCCGACGUGAUCGGCUGUAUGAACUUGCCCAGCCUGGAGAUCAAAAAGAUGUGCUUUCUGUUCCUCGUCAAUUACUCGAGAGCGAAACCCGAGGUUGCGCUCAAGGCUUUGCCAUUCCUCAUCGAUGAUAUGGAGGACUCCAACCCUCUCGUGCGUGCCCUAGCACUGAGGACCAUCUCCUACAUCCAUGUCCGCGAGUUUGUCGAAGCGACAGUGCAACCGGUCAAGCGACUGAUGAGCGAUAUGGAUCCGUACGUGCGCAAGACCGCCGCUUUCUGCGUCGCGAAGCUCUACGAGCACGAUAAGAAGAUGGUCGAGGCGUCGGAUCUGAUUGAUCGGCUGAACAGCAUGCUCAAGGAUGAGAACCCGACGGUGGUUUCUAGCGUCCUGGCCUCCUUGGUGGACAUCUGGGGUCGCAGUGAAUCGAUCUCUCUGACUAUUGACUACACCAGUGCCUCGAAGCUCGUUUCCAUCUUACCAGACUGCUCUGAAUGGGGCCAAUCUUAUAUCCUCGAGGCUUUGAUGUCCUAUGUCCCUCAAGACUCCGCAGAAUCCCUGUUGCUGGCAGAGCGAAUAGCCCCCCGCCUGUCGCACUCCAACUCUGCUGUUGUCCUAACCUCUAUCCGCGUUAUCCUCUACCUCAUGAACUACAUUGCCGACGAAAGACAUGUCACCUCCCUCGCAAAGAAGCUUUCACCACCCCUUGUCACCCUUCUCUCCAAGCCACCAGAAGUACAGUAUCUGGCCCUCCGAAACGCCAUCCUUAUCCUGCAGAAGAGGCCCGAAGUGCUCCGCAACGAUAUCCGCUGCUUCUUCUGUAACUACAACGAUCCGAUCUACGUCAAGGUCACCAAGCUGGAGUUGAUCUUCAUGCUGACCACCAAGGAGAACAUUUCCGUGGUUCUUGCAGAACUCAGAGAGUAUGCGACUGAGAUCGACGUCCACUUCGUGCGCAAGGCAGUGCGUGCCAUCGGAAAGCUCGCCAUCAAGAUCGAGUCCGCCGCAAAACAAUGCAUCGACACCCUGCUGGAGCUGGUCAACGCGAAGAUUCCCUACAUCGUCCAGGAGGCGACGGUUGUGAUCCGCAACAUCUUCCGCAAGUACCCCAACCAAUACGAGAACAUCAUCGGCAACGUGAUCCAGAACAUCGACGAACUUGACGAACCCGAAGCCAAGGCCGCCAUCAUCUGGAUCAUCGGCCAGUACGCCGACCGCAUCGAGAACUCCGACGGCCUCCUCCAGGACUAUCUGGCCACAUUCCACGACGAGACCGUCGAAGUCCAACUUGCCCUCCUAACAGCCACCGUCAAGUUCUUCAUCCAACGUCCUACCAAGGGCCAACAGCUCGUCCCCCAGGUCCUAAAAUGGUGCACCGAAGAAACCGACGACCCGGACCUCCGCGACAGAGGUUACAUGUACUGGCGUCUGCUAUCCACCGACCCCAAAACCGCAAAGCAGAUUGUCAUGGGCGAGAAGCCCCCCAUCAGCGCCGAAAGCGAGAAACUCGACUCCCGCACCCUCGAGGAACUCUGUCUCAACGUCGGCACUCUCGCCACCGUGUACCUGAAACCCGUCCAACAAGUCUUCCGCUCCGCGCGCACAAGACGCCUACAGUACAGCCCUGCCCUGCAGAAACCGAAGGAAGAACCCGGCACUGCUGUCUGGCAGUUCCCCGCCCCGUCGCAAUCCAACAGCCCCACCGCCGCCAUGGCUGCCAGCGCAUCUGCCCCCAGCGAUAUGAACGCAGCCGUCAGCGCCGCCGACAGCUACUUCAACAGUGUUGGCACUCAGCAAAUGGCUGCGCUGGACCUGGGCGGUCGCGAAGACGGUGGUGUUGGCGGUGGUGGCGCCCCCCAGACGCAGUAUGUCGUUACUCAGAACCAGCAGCAGGUGUAUCAGCCGCAGCUGGCGGGUGGAGCAGCCACGGGUGAGUUGUUGUUGCUGUAA